GACAUCUCCCGGAAGUGCUGGCUCCGCUGUCCUCCGUGUGGAUUCUCGGCCCUCGGCAGAUCCCAGGCUGCAGAGAAAGAGAGACACACCAACAUCCCGGAGCUCCGCACUGAAGCAGGACCCCUGGUUCCGCAGGACUCGGACCUGGAACCGGACUGCGGGGGUGGAUCGGGUCUGAUCCGGGUCCAUAUGGCCGUGGCCGGCUCAGCCGGACCCUCCGAGAUGCUCCGGGCUCUCUGCAGCCGCACACCGACCCAGACACCGACCCCGACUCCGGCACCGGCCCCGGGCCGAGGGCACCGCCAUGCUGAUCAGACGGAGAGCCAGGAUGCUGCGGUGGCUGCUGUGUGGUCGCUCAGCUCCCGUCUGGACGUGGAAAGCGCUUCUUCUCUUCGUGGCUGUGGUUUUCGCGGGACAGCUGCUGGGCGUCAUCUUCAACAGGAGUAGCGUCCAGCCGGCUGUGCACGCCAUCUUCUCCUCCCGCGAUGCCCAGGGGCCGUCGCUGGGAUCCUGCCGGCCCCAGACCCACAUCAUGUUCCUGAAGACCCACAAGACGGCAAGCAGCACCGUCCUCAACAUGCUGUACCGCUACGGCGAGGAGCGCGGCCUGCGCUUCGCCCUGCCGCUGGGCUACCAGCUGGGCUACCCGCUGCCCUUCAACGCUCACCGGGUCAAAGGCUACCGGGGCCCCAGGGCCAUCGAGUUCCACAUCAUGGGCAAUCACAUGAGGUUCAACAAGCCCGAGGUGGAGAAGGUGAUGCCAGCAGACACCUUCUACUUCUCCAUCAUCAGGGACCCGGUGGCGCUGGCCGAGUCUUCCUUCGCCUAUUACAAAGAAGUGGCGCCCGCCUUCCGGAAGGCCAAAGGUUUGGGAGACUUUGCCGACGACCCCAACAAAUACUAUGACCCUCGUCUCCGCAACAACCACUACGCCCGCAACCUGCUGUGGUUCGACUUCGGUCUGGACCACAACGCCAACUUCUCCUUGGUUCUGGCGCGGCGCGGCGAGGACAUGGUCCGCCGGACCUUCAACCUGAUUCUGGUGUCCGAGUACUUCGAUCAGUCCAUGAUCCUGCUCAGACACGCCCUCUGCUGGCCGCUGGACGCCGUGGUUUCCUUCAGCCUCAACGCCCGGCAGCAGAAGCCCAGCAGCGUGGGCGGGGGCUGGAUGGGCAAGGCGGCAGCGGUGGCCGGCGUGGGGAUGAGAGGAGGGCGCUCGCAACUCAAGGCGCCACCCAACCUUUCACUGACGGAGGAGCAGCGGGAGAAGCUUCGGCAGUGGAACGCGCUGGACUGGCACCUGUACCACACCUUCAACCGCACCUUCUGGGAGGAAAUCGACAAGUUCGGUCGAACCCAGAUGGAGCAAGAAGUUACUCUCCUCAGGACCCGAAGGGAAGAUCUGGCCCGGGGCUGCCUUCGAGACGGUGGGAAGCCCGUGGAAGCGCACCGCAUCCGGGACAAAAACAUCCGGCCUUUCCAGAGUGGACUAGUGAAAAUUUUGGGUUAUGAGCUCCAACCGGGCCUGGACAAUGUCACCAGGACAUCCUGUCUGAGGAUGAUCCGACCCGAGAUCCAAUACAAAGACGUGUUGGACUCAAAACAGUUCCCACAGGUUCCUCCCAUCCAGGCUCAUCUGGGCCAGCAGAACCAGAGGCUGAUGGCGGCAGCGGGCGGGACUUUUCUGAGACAGGACUCCUCCCAGAAAGGAGACAAGGACGUGGGGGGGCGGAGCCUGGAGGAGGCGGGCCGUUUCAUGAGGAACAAUCACACUUUGGUACGAAUGCGAGAACAAGGAAGGUCUCCGUAGCCCGACCCGCGACUCCCAGCGAAGUGCGGCCCUUCGGACUUGGAGGAUAUUAGUACAGUUUACACUUGAAGAGAUCGACAACCCCUUUCCGCUUCGUUUUCUAGGAACGAGCUGUAGCUGGUGUCGUUUCUGCGGGAUGGCUUUCUAGCCGCGGUACCCAGAGGGAACAGUGUCGUUCUGUAUGUCCUAGCUGUUUUUAUCAGAAGACGAACUCAGACCUGCAUGUGGACGUUAUUGUACAGGUUUCUCAGUUGAACCCCUGGUACACUCUCACGGGACUGGUCCUCUUCCCCGCCGGACCGGUACCGCGAGAGGCGGCAGAUGGGUUUCUCUCCAGCUGUCGGCGGUUCUCGUGCGCUGUUCCAGUUUGUGCUCCUCUGUCCACGUUUCCUCGAUGGAUGAUAUGAAACCCUCAUGUUUCCAGACUCAUUGGACAGAUACGGACAGAGUGUCUCUCGGUUUCCUGUUUCCUCUUGAGCCUACGUAUUCAUGCGGUUAGUUUGUUCACCGAGUGGAGGACAGAAACUCCUCCAGAAUGCUGGACCAUGGAGUCAGUGUGUCAAUGGUUAAACCCGAGGCCCAUUUAUACUCCGUCUGAACCGGAAUAUUACGGACGAACCGGAGCAGUAUCGCCGGACAUCCCGGAGGCAGUACUGACCACAACGAGUCGAUCGUUGACCCAAUGUGACAAAACAAUCAGUGAACUCCGUCGAAACAUUUUGGAGGACCUCCGACGUAGAGACGACGUGACUCCAACGGUGUGACUCCGACGUGGCGACGACGUGACUCCAAUGUAGCGAUGACGUGACUCUGACGUAGCAACAACGUGACUCCAACGUAGUGACGACGUGACUCCAACAUGGUGACGACGUGACUCCAACAUGGCGACGACGUGACUCCAACAUGGCGAUGACGUGACUCCAACGUAGUGACGACGUGACUCCAACGUGACUUCAACAUGGUGACGACGUGACUCCCAUGUGAGUCCAACGUAGUGACGAUGUGACUCCAACAUGGCGACGACGUGACUCCAACAUGGCGACGACGUGACUCCAACGUAGCGAUGACGUGACUCUGACGUAGCAACAACGUGACUCCAACAUGGCGACGACGUGACUCUGAUGUGAGUCCAACAUGGUGACGACGUGACUCCAACAUGGCGACGACGUGACUCCAACAUGGCGACGACGUGACUCUGAUGUGAGUCCAACAUGGUGACGACGUGACUCCAACAUGCCGACGACGUGACUCCAACAUGGCGACGACGUGACUUUGAUGUGAGUCCAACGUAGUGACGACGUGACUCCAACAUGGUGACGACGUGACUCCAACAUGGCGACGACGUGACUCCAACAUGGCGACGACGUGACUCCAACAUGGCGACGACGUGACUCCAACGUAGUGACGACGUGACUCCAACAUGGCAACAACGUGACUCCAACAUGGCGACGACGUGACUCCAACGUAGUGACGACGUGACUCCAACAUGGUGACGACUUGACUCCCAUGUGAGUCCAACAUGGAGACGAUGUGACUCCAACAUGGCGAUGCCGUGACUCCAACAUGGCGAUGCCGUGACUCCAACAUGGCGACGACGUGACUCCAACAUGGCGACGGCGUGACUCCAACAUGGCGACGACGUGACUCCGAUGUGAGUCCAACGUAGUGACGACGUGACUCCAACAUGGAGACGACGUGACUCCAACAUGGCGACGACGUGACUCCGAUGUGAGUCCAACGUAGUGACGACGUGACUCCAACAUGGCGACGAUGUGACUCCCAUGUGAGUCCGGAUGUGCGAAGGUGUGGAGGUGGAGCAUAAAUGGGCCUGGAAUCUGCGUCUCGGAUGUGAAACCAAAGGUUAGAGCGUGUCGUCAUGGACGUGUUGCGGUCAGAACUGGGUCCUGAUGGGACAAACCGGAUAAACGUGUCAAUGUUGGACAGUGUUGGACAGUGUUGGAGACAGUAUUCAGUCCGUUGCAGAGUCAAUAAAAAGAAGAGCUUCUCUAAAAUGUAAUGUGAGGGGAACCGAGGCGGGGUCAGGUCCGGUUCUGAAUCGGGUCGGACUGACGUCCAGACCUGAUCCAUCUCAUUCUAGAUGCAUUUCUGUAAUCCAUCUCAUUGUGUCAGAUAUGUCAUUUUCUCUUCAUUAGCCAAUAAAAAGAUGAUAAUACCGUU